GGCUUACGUUUCUAUGCGAUACAACAUCAAACACACAGCCGCCUCCCUUCUUUCUCAUGGUCAUCGGCUCCUCAAACAUUUUCUCCCCUGCUUGCUGUCUAUUGCCAUCGCCGACACUGUGAAACCGCCGGCCGGCGACCUUCGCACCCCACAGAUACAGCGACAAAAUGUGUAUAUCAGUGUUUCUAUGGCAAGCUCAUCCACUCUACCCGUUUCUUCUAUUGCUCAAUCGAGAUGAAUAUCAUAUACGACCAACGGAGACACUCCAUUGGUGGGAAGGUGGAAAAAUAUUGGGUGGCAGAGAUGUGACAGCUGGCGGAACAUGGUUGGCCUCUAGCAGAGAAGGAAGGGUGGCUUUUGUUACUAACGUUCGUGAAUUGAACUCAAUAUCUGCUGCAAAGAGUAGAGGUGAUCUCCCAGUUCGCUUUUUGGAGAGCAAGAAAAAUGCCAUGGAGUUUGCAGAAGAAAUUGCGAAGGAAGCAGAUGAAUAUAAUGGAUUCAAUUUGAUAAUUGCUGAUCUUUUGUCCAUGAAUAUGGUUUAUGUAACUAAUAGGCUAAAAGGAGAUAAGUGCUAUGUGACUUCAGUUUCACCUGGGGUCCAUGUGCUAUCAAAUGCAAGUCUAGACACUCCAUGGCCUAAGGCUCAAAGAUUGGAACAUGGUUUUAAAGAUGCUUUGGAUGAAUAUGGUGAAGAUGAAAUUCCAAUUGCUGAGUUGAUUGAUAAACUGAUGAGAAACACUGUAAAAGAUGACAUUAGCAUGCUUCCCGGGAUUUAUGGUCCAGAUUUUGAGUAUGAGUUGAGUUCUGUAUUUGUUAAUCUAGUAUCUCCAAAGAACUAUGGUACACGAAGUACUUCUGCAUUGGCUGUAAAAGCAAGUGGUGAAGUAUUCUUUUAUGAAAGGCAUCUUGAAAAUGGGUUAUGGAAAGAGAACACAGAAACAUACAUGAUUGAGAAAAUGAAGUGAGGGUUAAUGUGUGAAGAAAUAUAAGUAUGUUGCUGUUAUGGGUAAAGAUAUGUAAGUAGUAAGUACGUUGUUAUGGGUAAAAAAAAUAAAAAGUAACACAUGUUGCUAUUUCCUGCAACUUGUCUUAUUUUUUUUUUAAUCUUAUUUGGUAUGAAAGUUAUAGUGUGUGCCUUGAACAAAAAGAAAUGAUCAACUAUAAGUUGAUAUGAUGUAUGUGAUCUUAUUUGUAAGAAAUAAUGAAUUUUGAGAAGUUUGUAUUAUGUACUAGAUCAAAUUUGUACUUAAUAUGGUAUCUGGUUAUGUAUAAGAAAGAUAACGAUAAAGGAAAUAGAUACAAGUUUCGUUGCUUGAUUGAUUGUUAUUUAUA